ACAAAUGACUCAUAGUUACAAAUAGAGAUGAGACAACACAAAGUGAAAGAAAAAUAUGCCUUGGAAGGGAAAUUCCUUCUUGAAAGAGUUAUCAUGGGGAAAAGGUUUCUCCGCUGAAGUUUUAUCACCAAUCCUUGUUUCCACAACACACACACACACACACACACACAUAGCUGGAGUUACACUUUUAAAAUGUACCUGUUCUGACUUACAAACAAAUUCAACUUAAAAACAAACAAGAUUCCAGCCAUUAUGCUGUGAAUUUCCUGGAUGGAUUAUUCUGGAUGAAUUGUUAGACUUCUACAAGAACAGUUGUUAUGCUAGAAACUGUGGUUGGGCAAGCACAUUGCAGCUACACAAAUAUUUUCCUUCUUUUGUGUUUUUCAUACUUACUGACAGAAAAUUUCAAAAUAUGGCUUGCUUCUAACCUCAACAAACAUGCCCAUUGUUUGCCACAACAAAAGACCAGGAGGAAGGGAGGAUCUAUGGGUUUCUCCUACAUGUUAUAUAUGUGUUUCCAAUGUCCCUCCUGUUGGUACUACUCUCUAACCUGAGACCAGCAAAAGACUUGGUUAACUGCCUCCAUCAUGAAAAUCGCGGCUACAUUUUUUAUUCUCUUCCUGACUCUUUGUGUCUUCUCAGGUGUUGACAGUGAUGAAGGAACUCCGGUUGAUUGUGAUCGGUACUUAAGACGAGUGCAUCAUACUGGAAAAGAAAUCAUGGCCUGCCCACUUAUCUUUCGCAAAGUCUGUGGCACAAAUGGAGAAACAUAUGAAAAUGAAUGUAAACUCUGUGCACAUAACCUGGAAUUUGAUGACAAUAUCAGCAAGAAGAAUGAUGGAAUAUGCAAGGACCUUGCUUGUGACCGUGUCCUAACACACCAUCUUCGUUCAUCUGAAUAUCAAUUCACUCCUUCCCUGAAGAGAAUGGGUGUGCUUGUGAUCUUUGCUGUUGCAAUUUGCUGCUUCUCGGUGGUCUUCGGUGAGGAUGGGGCUGAGCUGGAUUGUACCAAGUUCCAACGUGUGAAAGGCAAUAAGGUCACCUGCCAAAGGAUGAGGAAACCAGUUUGUGGAACAGAUGACAAGACUUAUUCCAAUGAAUGCAUGCUUUGUCGUCAACAGGUGGAGUUUGGAAGAACAGUUGGGAAGAAACAUAAUGGAGAGUGUCUUAAGAAUUUCUGCAAGGGGUAUUCACCAGAAACCAAAAUAUGCACUAUGCUAUAUGACCCUCACUGUGGUUCUGAUGGCAAGACAUAUGACAACAAAUGUUUCUUCUGCGUUCAAGCCCUGAAAAGUGCUGAACCUUUUUACUUCAGGAAUUUUGGAAAAUUGGGAUCUGAAAAACAGCUACCAUUACGUUGGACAAGAAUCAUGAGGAAGUUAGCAGGUUUUCUGCUCCUCACUGUGAUGGUGUUCUUCUUGUAUGCAGGUGUUGCCACAGAAGCCAGAGGCCUCCAAAGUUAUUGUCAUGGGUUUCCAUCAAAAAUAUGUACUGCAGACUACCGUCCCCACUGUGGUUCUGAUAGAAAAACCUAUGCCAACAAGUGUGCUUUCUGCAAUGCAUAUGUGUAAGUAGAAGUAUGCAUUUGUAUGAAAUCGCUGUU